CAAACACCUCCACCAUGGGCAAGAUUGUGUUCUACGAGGAUAAGAGCUUCCAGGGCCGGCGCUAUGAGUGCGACAGCGACUGCUCCGACUUCCACGCCUACCUGAGCCGCUGCAACUCCAUCCGGGUGGAGAGCGGCGCCUGGGUGCUGUACGAGAGGCCCAACUUCAUGGGGCACCAGUACGUUCUGACCCGGGGGGAGUACCCCGACUACCAGCGCUGGAUGGGCCUCAACGACCGCCUCAGCUCCUGCAAGAUGGUCCACUUCACCGGGGGGUCUCAGUAUAAGAUCCAGCUGUAUGAGAAGCCAGAUUUCGGGGGCCAGGCCUUUGAGGGUUCAGACGACUGCCCCUCGCUGCUGGAGAAGAUCCGCUGGAGGGAGGUGAACUCGUGCAAGGUCCUGGACGGAUGGUGGGUUUUCUACGAACACCCAAACUACCGCGGGCGCCAGUACUUCCUGGAGAAGGGGGAGUACCGUAAGCACGGAGACUGGGGGGCCGCGAGUCCCACGGUGCAGAGCUUCAGGCGCUUCACUGAAUGAUUUC